CAACUUAAAUUUCUGCAGAGUUUCACUCAUGGCCACAAAAUAGAGUUAGCUCUGUAACCCAGCAAACCAAGUUGGGUAACCUUCCUGUUACUACUAUAUUUUCUCUACUCUUAGAAAUUAAACUUGCAAGCACAACAAUAUCAUCUCUCCCACCUCCUAAAUCUUCACCUCUGUUGCUACCACCUAUUUUAAGAUCUAAACUGAAUAAGAAAAAGGGUUGGGUAGUCUUACUUUGAGAAUUAGGUGGUGUCUGAUGAAGAAAAAGACUCAUUCUCUUCUAUUUUUUACUACUCUAACUCUCAUUUGUCUCUCCACUGCACAAUACUUCUUUACUUGUGCCAAUGCAGCCAUCACAAGCUCACAGCCACCAGCACUACAUAUCAAACAAACCCAAAGAAAGCUUUUGCCUUACAGGGAGAACGUUGUGGCAGCGGAUGAUCAUGUGGGGUUGGGUUCAAAGACAUCUUCCUUUAAAUUUGACAACCCAAGACUCAAAACUGCCUACAUUGCCCUCCAAUCAUGGAAGCAAGCCAUGAUCUCCGACCCAAAUAACCUGACGGCAAACUGGGUGGGAUGCGAUGUAUGCAGCUACACUGGCAUCUUCUGUUGGACCGCUCCAGACAAUUCAUCCAUUCAGACAGUUGCUGCAAUCGACUUAAAUCAUGGCGACAUUGCUGGCCACUUAGUUGAAGAGCUAGGACUCCUGACCGAUAUUGCAUUGUUCCAUAUUAACUCCAACAGAUUCUGCGGAAGAGUACCCAAAAGUUUGAAAAACCUGAAUCUUCUUUAUGAGUUGGAUCUAAGCAACAAUCGCUUCGCAGGGAGGUUUCCUAACGUUGUUCUUGAUUUGCCAGACCUCAAGUAUCUUGAUCUUCGGUUCAAUGAGUUCGAAGGAAAUGUCCCAAGGGAGCUAUUUGAUAAAGAUCUUGAUGCCAUAUUUAUAAACGAUAACAGGUUUUCUUUCAAAUUACCUGAUAAUAUUGGUAACUCUCCCGUUUCCGCCCUUGUUCUUGCAAACAAUAAUUUCCACGGAUGCUUACCAGCGAGUUUCCGGAACAUGUCUGGAACAUUAUACGAGCUGAUCCUGAGAAACAAUGGGCUAAGUUCAUGUUUUCCUGAGGAGAUAGGAUUGCUUAAGAAGUUGCAAGUUUUUGAUGCAAGUUAUAACAAGUUGAUGGGAGAACUUCCCGACACAAUUGGAAAACUGAAAAACUUGGAACAUUUCGAUGUGUCACAUAACUUUCUAUCAGGUACUAUUCCUGAGAGUGUAUGUUUACUUCCCAAAUUGCAGAAUUUUAGUUUUGCUUACAACUUUAUCACUGGCGAGCCGCCUGUGUGCUUGGAAGUUGAAGAAUUUGAUGAUUUCAGGAAUUGUUUGAGGGGUAGACCAACGCAAAGAUCUCGGUUGCAAUGUAUAAUGUUCCUGAAGUCUAGGCCUGUUGAUUGUCAAGCUUUUAAUUGUCAUAAGCCUAACCCGUCUCCUCCUCUGUCAUCACCUCCUCCACCACCUUUCUCUCCUCCGCCGCCACCUUCUCCUCCACUCUCACCUCCACCUCCACCUCCACCUCCACCUCCACCGCCAUCGCCAUCGCCACUGCCACCACCACCGCCACCUCCUUUCUAUUCACCACCACCACCACCUACUUAUCAGUCACCACCACCAUCACCACCUCCAUGUGUGAACCCUCCUCCACCUCCAUCACCUCCACCAUGCCUUGAACAACCACCACCAGCUCCAACAUACAAUCAUAUAUUCCCACCAGUCAUGGGCGUACCAUAUGCACCUCCACCCCCAUUUUACUAAUUCAUUCUUUUGUUUAGACUUUAGUUUGAUCCCUUGUUAUUUACUCCUUGGAACAAGAAAAGCAAAGAAUGUGCUAGCUAGCUACAAAAUCAUUCUAACCAUCUUUUUUACUCA